AUGUCGCUGUGUCAAGCUUCUAUCAAGCCUGUGACAUCAGUGCUUCGCUUGGUGCUCAGGUCUAGACAACAACGGCAAUGCACACAAAGCAUCAGGCUUUUCUCUUCUUCCUAUCCGGCAUACUCGUCCACAAAACGUGAACUCCAGACGGCAACCGCUUACCGCCCAUAUUCUCUUCCCGAGUCCGUUUCCCCUCCGCCGCGGAAUGCGGGUACUCCAGAAACAUCUAUCUCAAAUGGAAUCCCCGGUCUAAGCGCUACCCCAUCAUACCCACCACCGAAUACUGCGCCAUCAUCGAAGGAAGAUGGGAAGCUCCCCGUUUCGUCUUAUUCUCUACCGGAGGGCGAAACGCAGAAAUCUAAACCCGUAUCCGGCAGUGAAUCCACAACCCCAGCUUCACAGACGAAAUCAAAACCACGCAAGAGCAAACUACGUGCAAGGAAGGCAGCCGUAUCACUCACCCCGACUGCGUUAUCCAAACUUCGAGACCUUGUUUCCCAGCCAGACCCGAAGCUGAUCCGGAUAGGGGUGAAAAACAGAGGCUGCUCUGGGUUAUCUUACCAUCUCGAAUAUGUUGAGAAACCGGCUCCCUUUGAUGAAGUGGUUGAGCAGGACGGUGUGAAGGUCUUGAUUGACUCUAAGGCUCUUUUCAGCAUAAUUGGUAGUGAGAUGGACUGGCACGAAGACCCACUGAGUAGCCGCUUUGUAUUCAACAACCCAAAUAUCAAGGAUGAGUGCGGUUGUGGCGAAUCGUUCAUGGUAUAG